UGGAAGCGUCGGUAAUAUUUAGAACUCACGCAUCUACAGUAGCUAAAAGUUAAGUUGGUAAAACAAACAGCUAAGGCCAAGUUUGUUGCGCUGUAGCUUAACUCAAACUGAAGGUGAUUCAGAUUGUUGUGGAGACUGUUCACUGGUCAGUAAUAGUAAGAAGCCACUGGUGCAUCCGAUGAAAAUGCCUUAGAUGAUGUACAGAUCUAAAGUUGUUAUUUAUUGUUUAGUUGAGAGGAAUGGUGUUGGUUAUAUUUGAUGUAUCUGAACGCACUCAAAACAACACUUUAGCACUCCAAGUUAAACCAAAUGUCCGCACCAUAAACUAGGUAGUCCGCUAUUCCCGCCACUGGGUACCGCGAGCAUCCCCAGACUGCAAUCUGAUUGACUAUACCGAGUGGAGCCAUAAGGGGUGCACGCACUAACGGCAUGACCCAGCAGCAGCGAAAGGGCUCACUUGCACAGUCUAAAGGGGCAAAACCAUCAGUCCUUUGCAACAACAGUCGAUGUUGACUUUGUUUCUACGAAGCAUAUAAAGGACUAAACAGCGUCUAGCUCAAAUAUAACAAAUCGAGGGUUUCCAAGCAUAAGGUAACCGCAGGCCAUGCCGCCUCUUAACUAAGCUACGACCUCGCCUCAACCAGAGAUUCUAAAGCCAACUUUACAAGCUAACUAGCUAGCUAGCUAGCAAGUAACUUGACAAUAUGGCCUAAUAUUUCAAUGUAGUUAGCAUACCCUCAGAGCAAAGGCUCUACAAAUGUAUAGGUUAGUAAGUUGUAAGAACUGAUGCAUGGCUCUUUCCCUUUCUGUUCUUAUUACCUAAGGUUUUGACCAAUGGCAUGGCAGUGUAAGAUCUGCAAGUCUUUGGCUGCUACCAAAGGAAAUCUGCUAAAGCAUUACCGACUACAGCAUGCAACAUUUAGUCGUGGUCAAUCCCAGCCAUGUUUACAUGACCGUUGUCCUUGCACAUUUAAAACGCAGACUGCUCUUCGCACUCAUUUGUCCAGAUACCAUGCAGCUAAAGAAAGUCUACAGUCAGGAGUUAUCUCUGCUUUUAAGUGUUUAGUUUGUGAUUUUUGUUGUUCUACAGAAAAUGACUACUUUCGGCAUAUUGGAAAUCAUCUGAAAAUCCACGAAACUGUGUUUUGUGUAUUUGAAGGAUGUGACUUUAGGACAAAUAUAUACAAUACAUUCCUGAAACACAAAAGCAGAAAACACAAAUCAUAUUCCUUGAGUAAUUUUAGACAAGACGUAUAUGAGAGUCAACAUAGUCAGAAUGUUGAUCCCUCUGAUUUACCAGAGACCAGUGAUGGUGAGGGCACUAGUUUAAAUUUUGAUCAGGGAAGUGAAUCAGACUUAGUUAUUCAAAGAAUUGGCUUACUUCUACUGAAAUUACAGACCAUCUAUAAUGCUUCAGGGAAGUGUGUUGAUGCCUUGGUUGAAGACCUUCAGUUCAUUUCAUCUUCAGCAUCUGUUGCUGUUGUUAGAAACAUAAUUGAUUCAACAUUGAUAUCUAAUCAAUGUGUUGUUGACCAGACCAUAAUAACUGACUUGGCAGAACAGCUGUGUAGCUUGCAUCCUAUUAGUACAGCACUUGGAGAAGGUGGUCCACUUGCUUCAGCUUUUAAGAGGAGAAGGUAUUUUAAGGAGCACUUCCAGUGUGUUGGGAGUGUUGAAUAUAUUCUUGAUUCUCACAAUAACAAGACCUUUCAAUAUGUGCCUAUUCUUGAGACUUUGCAGCAAGUCUUGAAGGAUAAAGACAUUGCAGAGGAAAUCUUAUCCAGAACCUCAAACAGUACUCAAUAUAUUAAGUCUAUUUUUGAUGGAAAGUUUUUCAAGCAGAAUGACUUCAAUGCUGGAGAUGAAACACGUCUCUCUAUAAUACUUUAUGUGGAUGAUUUUGAGGUUUGUAACCCACUUGGAACUUCGAGAAAAAAACAUAAAAUAACAGCUGUUUAUUGGAUUUUGGGAAAUUUGCCAUCCAAGUUGCAAUCUGUGUUAACAUCAAUUCACCUAGCUUUACUUUGUAAAGCUGUUGAUGUCAAACAGUUUGGAUACAGAACAAUUUUGGAACCACUAUUGAAAGAUCUCGCCACUCUUGAACAUGAAGGGAUUUUAAUUUCCAGUGUUGGAAAAAAUAUUAGGGGCACUGUGCACUGCGUUGUGGCUGACAAUCUCGGUGCACAUUCCAUCAGUGGACUAGUUGAGAGUUUCACAGGGCCGUACAUCUGUAGAUUUUGUCUUGGACAUUCUUCAGAAUACCAAACGCAUGAAGUGCGGACUGGGGUGUUUCCACCUCGGACAAAAACUGACUAUAGUUUGCAUGUGCAAACUGUGAGAGAAAAUCCUGAUUUACUGCAUAGUUUUGGUGUUAAGCGUCUGUGUCCAUUGACUGAUAAAUUGAAUCAUUUCCACUUUGUCUCUGGAUAUCCACCAGAUGUACUACAUGACCUUUUUGAAGGCAUAAUACCAAGAGAAUUAGCGUUGUGUUUUCAGACUUUUACCAAGAAAAAGUACUUUACUUUGGCUGAACUCCAUGACUUAAUCAGACGUUUUCCCUUUAAGGGCUCAGACAAAGCUAACUGCCCUCAAGCAAUCCCUCAAAAUUACAGUAAUCGCAGAACUAUAGGAGGAAAUGCCCACGAAAACUGGGCCUUAAUCAGGUUCUUGCCUCUCAUUGUUGGUUCGCGGGUACCUGAGGGUGAUUCUGCCUGGCAGGUUCUCCUGACUUUAAAAGACAUAGUUGAAUUGGUGGUUGCCCCUGUUCAUACAGUUGAAACUAUUGCAUACCUCGACUCUAAAAUAUCUGAACAUCGUGAACAAUUCUUAGCUGCUUUUCCUAAAACUAAACUGACACCCAAACACCAUUUUUUGGAACACUACCCCGCCAUGAUUGAAGGUUAUGGGCCUCUGGUUAGUGUAUGGACUAUGAGAUUUGAGGCAAAACACAGCUUUUUUAAGCAGGUUGUUAGACACACUAACAAUUUCAAAAAUGUGUUGUUGACCCUUGCUACAAGACAUCAGCUGAUGAUGUCAUACCACUCUCGUACAGAUGUUGGAAAACAGCCAUUGUGUGUCACAAAAAUAUCUGAUAUAUCUUUAGAUGUGUUACAUUCAGACAUACAGGAAGCUCUAAAAGAAACAUCCCCACUUCUAUCUACUGUGCAGUUAGCCAACACUGUCACCUACUAUGGAACACGGUACACUGUUGGGAUGAUUUUGUCGUAUGGCUCUACUGGUGGGUUACCAGACUUUGUUGAGAUUCUUCAGAUAGCCAUACUAGACAACUCUGUAACAUUUUUUGUGAAGUUACUUGCUGCAUGGUAUGAAGAGCAUCUUAGAUCUUUUCAUCUGGAGGAGACUGGGAAAUUGUGUAUUGUGGAGCAGCAGAAACUUGCUGAUGUGUACCCUUUGGCAGCCUACAGUGUGGGAGGAAAACGCUUGGUUACACUCAAACGUCACAUCUGUUGUUAAUUUAAGGCUGGCAAAGAUGGAGGAAAAGCUCCGAGUAGUAAUUGAGGACCAGAUUGAGAAGUUGCUCCUUCCAUCGGGGAUCCCAUCCACUGUGGAGGAACUGCAAAGUGUUGUAAAGGAGACCUUUGGAAUACCUGUCGAGUUCAGUCUCCAGUAUUUGGAUUCUGAGUUCAAAGAUUUCUUUACCCUCCAUAAAAGUGACCAAAUCAAACACAAGGAUACCAUAAAGGUUGUUAAGGCUGCCCCGAUUCUUCUUGAGCUGCAUCCAGUUGAUCAUUUGGACAGUUCCUUUGGUCAACAAUCAACUGACUGUGAGUCUAGAUCUGAUGCAGAUUCAGUUGUAUUAAGUACAGAGUCAUCCUUUGGAUCAGUGUCCUCACAGGCGUCUACUGUUAUCCUGCCCAAGAAAAGUUCCACAGAGCGAUGCCAACCAUGGCCAAAGCAGUUCCCUAUUCCACAGUUUGCUUAUGAAACCGAGAUGUGCCUUGAAAGAGCAGCUGAAGACUAUCAGAUCAAUGGAACUUCUCUGAAUACUUCGAAGGUUAAGGCAGACAUACUUGAGAAAAUGUGUGAAACGAUGUAUACAUAUACAGCGUAUCCAUCAGGUGCACAGAUCAGUGACGUUGCUGAUGCACUUUGCAUGAAGUAUCCAUUUCUCAAGGAAUCAGGCUCAUUCUCCGGUAUCUAUGGCUGGCAACAAAGCUUAAAGUACAAAAUGGCAAAUUAUCGCACUAAACUCAGAGGCUUCGGAGUUCCGGAAGUGAUGUGCAAUGCACUCAAACGCAAAAGCCCUGCUGACCAGAAGUCUGCAAAGAGUAUCAAAAAGCCUAGAAAGGCAGAAGUUAACUACCUCCCCCCUUACCCGGCAGGAGAGAAUGAAGAAAUUCAAGAACAAGAGAGGAUUCAGCUACUCACUGAAGUAAGGAAAAGGGACAACAGCAAAGUGAUAAAAGACAAAAUGGGGAAAACAUUUCCACACAGAAGAAAUGAAAUUGUCAACCAAUCACCCAGCAUUGAGGACAUCAAUGCCAGAUGGCCUGCUCUAUUUGAGGCAUCUCAAAUCCAGGAUGAGUUUUACAGAAUCACAAUGGUGCAUCUUGAGUCAAAGUUCAUGGCCAAGCUGGAUGAAUACACUCCGAAGCUUUUGAAUCUCUACCAAGCCAAGGGUGGAGCCAUGGGGUUGAGGUUGCAGGCCAUCCUACUCAAGGCUCCAACCAAUCCUAACACUAACGUGACGAGAGCUGUUGUCAUCCGAUGUUUGGUGGUGUACCUUGGGGAAUCUUUAGAUCAUCUCCUUAAAGAGUAUGAUGAUGCUGAUGGAGACAGUGUGUCACAGGACCUUGCUGUGCAAAGAAUGACAAUCUACACCAUCAAGAGUAAUGGAUCAGAAGAUCCAGACGAUGUUGGUAUCAUAGUAGAGGGCCAGAAAGUUCUGACUGCUCUUGGUGACUUAACAAGGGCUUGCUCGAUCCUCAUUGGGUUGACCUAUGCUGUAAAUUUGGCCUAUCCCAAAGAGCUCAAAUAUACAUUUGAGGUCUUUCAGAAACUCCUCCUUGAGCUGGACUGUUCAAAGCUGUCCCCAAAAGUCAACAGCCUCAAAAACAAACUGCUAGCUUAAAGAGACUUGUGAGUGCUUCUUUAAGCUUUAUUUUAUUUAUUUUAUUUAACAAUGUGGUACUUUCAGUUAAGUCGCAAGACAGGCGCAAGCAGUAUCCUGCUAGUUUUGGUGUUCUUGUUUUGUAGUGAAACACUUGUAGGUGAACCAUGUCUUGUUCAGACAUUUUCAACUUAUUUCUGUUGAAUUGAUUGAUUAAAAAAAAAAAAAUCCUGUUUGAAAUGACAUUACUGACAAUCUGUUGUGUGAUUUUUGUAUGAUUUCAUGUAAAAUAAAGAUUACAGAAUUUUACAGUAAGGUUAAAUGUACCUUCCUUAGGUGUCUUAAGUUAAGUUACUCCAGCAAGACAUGAGUUUAUUUUCAUGCAUGGUUGACAUAACUUGAGUACAAUUUGGCAUUACAAGAAGCUAGGGCUAGCUAUGAUAUUAAGUCGUUAGGAAGGCGUUACACAAUGUACUGAAGUAUGACUUAAUAUAAUGAUAUUAAUGAAUGCAAAUAACCUUUAUCCAGACAGUAGUCUUUAUCAACUUUCACCAGAUAAUUAGAUAUAAAUCAAUUUUGCCCAAAUAUUUGGUAAAUAUAAAUAAGCUUGGCCUGGAUAUGUAGUAAAUAUAGGUAACUUUUGCCCAAAUAAUUAGUAAGUAUGAUUUAUUUUGGCUCAAAUAUGUAGUAAAUAUAAAUAGGUUUUGCCCAAAUAAUUGGUAAAUAUGAAUUAUGUUGGUCCAGGUAUGUAGUUAAUAAUAAUUAAUUUUGCCCAAAUAAUAAGUAAAUAUAAAUAGGUUGGCCUGGAUAUGUAAUAAAUAUAGGUCACUUUUGCCCAAAUAAUUAGUAAAUAUGAAUUAUGUUGGUCCAGAUAUGUAGUUAAUAUUAAUUAAUUUUGCAUAGAUACUUAGUAAAUGUAAGUCAGAUUUCCUUGUGAUAAUUACAUAUUUAUUGUGUAAAUGUAGUUGAAUUAUUCAAUAAAUUUUAAUCAAAGUUGUAGUAUUAAAAUCUAUUCAAUUAUAUCACAUGUCACUUUGUUGCCACAAUUUUUUUAAGUAACUAGUGGUCACAUUUUU